GGGCACCAGACGCUGCCUGUCCCCCCCCAGAUGCGGGACAUCCAGUUCAACCACCUGACGCGCUUCAUCGGGGCGUGCAUCGACCCCCCCAACAUCUGCAUCGUCACCGAGUACUGCCCCCGGGGCAGCCUGCAGGACAUCCUGGAGAACGAGAGCAUCAACCUGGACUGGAUGUUUCGCUACUCGCUCAUCAACGACAUCGUCAAGGGAAUGGCCUUCCUGCACAACAGCAUCAUCGGGCACCACGGCAGCCUCAAGUCCUCCAACUGCGUGGUGGACAGCCGCUUCGUGCUGAAGAUCACCGACUACGGGCUGGCCAGCUUCCGAUCGCCCUGCGACGGCGAGGACACGCACGCCCUCUACGCCAAGAAGCUGUGGACGGCCCCGGAGCUGCUGCAGAAGGGCCGUCUGCCCCCGCAGGGCAUGCAGAAAGCUGACGUCUACAGCUUCGGCAUCAUCGUGCAGGAGAUCGCCCUGCGCAACGGCCCCUUCUACAUCGAGGGCAUGGACCUGAGCCCCAAAGAGAUCGUGCAGAAGGUGCGCAACAGCCAGAAGCCGUUCUUCCGCCCCUCCAUCGACAUCGGGGUGCACAGCGAGGAGCUGGCGGUGCUGAUGGAGCGCUGCUGGGUGCAGGAGCCAGCCGAGCGCCCCGACUUCGGGCAGAUCAAGAUCUUCAUCCGCAGAUUCAACAAGGAGGGCAGCACCAGCAUCCUGGACAACCUGCUGUCGCGCAUGGAGCAGUACGCCAACAACCUGGAGAAGCUGGUGGAGGAGCGCACGCAAGCCUACCUGGAGGAGAAGCGCAAGGCGGAGAACCUGCUGUACCAGAUCCUGCCCCACUCCGUGGCGGAGCAGCUGAAGCGCGGGGAGACGGUGCGAGCCGAGGCUUUCGACAGCGUCACCAUCUACUUCAGCGACAUCGUGGGCUUCACCGCGCUGUCGGCCGAGAGCACCCCCAUGCAGGUUGUGACGCUGCUGAACGACCUCUACACGUGCUUCGACGCCAUCAUCGACAACUUCGACGUGUACAAGGUGGAGACCAUCGGGGACGCCUACAUGGUGGUGUCGGGGCUGCCGGUGCGCAACGGCAAGCUGCACGCCCACGAGAUCGUCCGCAUGGCGCUGGCCCUGCUGGAGGCCGUCAAAACCUUCAAGAUCCGCCACCGGCCCAACGACCAGCUGCGCCUGCGCAUCGGCAUCCACACCGGCCCCGUGUGCGCAGGAGUGGUGGGGCUGAAGAUGCCGCGGUACUGCCUCUUCGGGGACACGGUGAACACGGCGUCCCGCAUGGAGUCCAACGGGCAGGCCCUGAAGAUCCACGUCUCCUCCACCACCAAAGAAGUCCUGGAUGAGUUUGGCUGCUUCGAGCUGGAGCUGCGCGGAGACGUGGAGAUGAAGGGCAAGGGGAAGAUGCGGACCUACUGGCUGCUGGGCGAGAGGAAAGACCCCAAAGUCGUCUGAGCCCGGCGCAGCCCCCAACCCCCCGUGCCCCUGGGGCGCACCGGAGCAGGUUUGGGCGUGCGGCGUGCAGCGGCCACGGCACUGCCUGUCCCCCCCCCAUCAGCACCAGCAAAGCCUUCCCGAGCCUCCCGCUGCCCCACGGAGCGGGGGGACCGGCCUUGACCCCCAACACCCCCCUCCCCAAAGCCUCUCGUGGUCCCGAUCCCCCUCCUCAGCCCCCCAAAAACCCCUCGGCUCGGCGGGCUCUGAGCCUUCCCCUGGGGCCUGGCUGCCCCGCAGGGCACUUUGCCUUCUCUUUCCAGUACUCAGCCUCUUGUUGCACCCGUGUCACCCCCUCCCCGGGGGGGGGCAAAGGGAGCGGGGCAGGUUCAGACCCUGCUGCUCCCACCUGUGCCCCCCCCUUUCCCCUGUACAUAGCCCUCCCCCCCCGGGUCCUGUAAAUACCCCCUCCCCAGGUGUAAAUAUAGGCGUCCGCGCAGACUAUUUUGUUGAAAUACAAACUGCCCCCAGCA